AUGCCUGAAGUAAAGUUAGAGGAGGUACGGCGGUUCAUGGAGGACAGUCUGAAGGCUGUUGGAGCUCCGGAGUCGGAGGCAAAGGCCCACGCCGACCUACUGAUGCAUGCAGACACCGUGGGUCAUUACAGCCAUGGGUUGAAUAGACUCGAAUUCUACAUUAAUGACUGCCAGUCUAAGGCGUGCGUGCCUACAGCUAAACCGGAGAUCCUGAAGGAAUCUGGAGCCACAGCUUGGGUGGACGGUCACAAUGCACUUGGUGCCACCGUCGGCAACUUCUGCAUGGACCUAGCCAUCAAGAAGGCGAAAGAAUGCGGCGUUGGAUGGGUUUGUGCUAGAAGGAGUAACCACUUCGGUAUGGCUGGCUACUGGGCGCUGCAGGCGGAGCGCGAGGGUCUCAUAGGCCUGGCCUUCACCAACUCGUCUCCAAUCAUGGUUCCCACCAGGUCGAAACAAAGAGCGCUGGGAACAAAUCCUAUUGCGAUGGCUGCACCUGCGACUGAUGGUGAUAAACUUGUGGUGGAUAUGGCUACCACCACAGUAGCUAUGGGGAAGAUUGAAGUACAAAUUCAUAAAGAAGAGCCUUUGCCCGCUGGUUGGGCAUUGGGACCUGAUGGCAAGCCAACUACGGACGCCAAGGCUGCGUUCCAAGCUGGUCGUCUGAUGCCGCUGGGUGGGGAGGAGAAGACCAGCGGAUACAAGGGUUAUGCCCUCAGCGCCAUGGUAGAACUCUUCUGCAGUGGAUUAUCAGGGUCAAAUUCGACUCACAACAUUCGUGGCUGGGAGUUGGACAGCAACCAAGGGCCACCAGAUUUAGGCCAAUGUUUUGCUGCCAUCAAUCCUGAAUGCUUCGCUCCAGGCUUCGGGGACAGAGCUGCUGACUGUCUUAACACCUGGAGGAACCUGGAACCGGUUGAUCCUGCCCUCCCAGUUUUGGCUCCAGGCGACAAAGAGCACCACAUUGGUGAGGCGACUCUAGCCAAGGGAACUGUGAACUAUCCUCAGAGGCAGUUAGAGGCUAUGGAGACCAUGGCUAAGAGGAUCGGUGUGAAACCAAUACAAGUUGUUUAG